AUGAACCAAAAUAAUAAUCUUGACCUGAUUAAUAAGAAACUUGAUAUGAUUAUACAGCGAUCAGCAAAUAUAAAUGCUAAGUUAGACAAUAUAGAAGCAGAAAAGCGACGCCAAAAGCCUUCGGAAUUUAUAUCUUCAACAACUACUACAACUCAAAGCUAUUCUCCAAAGAAAACAUCACAAACGAUUAAAACACCAAAUACUUAUGCAAUUUAUGAAAUGGAGACAACUAGAACCCCAACUCCUAGAAAAUACAUUCCAAAAGAAGAAAAAUACAUUGACAAUGAAGAACUUUCAUCGAAUGUAUUACUUGAACUAUUUAAUUCAAUUAAAGAUCUCCGAAAUCAAAUUGCAGAAAUUGCUCAUACUCAAAUCGAAAUGAAAAGUGAAAUAAACAUGUUAAAAAUGGCCAAAAAGCAGCCAUACUGA